CAUUCCACCAUUGACUGUGGAACCAACUUCGGGUUUGCGGGCGUUUGGUUACCGAAUAUGGGGUUUGUUCAGUGCUGUCCUGCACACUGAUUUCGUGAAUUACCUAUAAAGAAAACUAUGGAAAGACGCUCGUAAAAAAUUGGACAAAGACGUUAAUUGAACUCGGGAGGAAUAGAAGAAAUAACUAAAGGAUAAUUCAUGCAGCUCCAUCUGUAUGUCUGCCAGAACGCAGAGAGAGAGGGAGCUUUAUUGGAAAUUCUUGAACCCCCAGCGGGACGCAAGAGAUCUCAUCCCCAAGCUUCCAGAACGUCCAAAGUAUUGGGAUCAAGUCAACAAACUGAUGCAGACGUCUUCAACUUUUCAUAGAAGGGCGUAAGGCUGCUGGCUGGCUGUCCUGUUCCGUCACAGAACAGAAUAGAGCACUGAGCAGAGGACAGAGCCCCAAUGCCAGUGGACAUGCAGCCACAUCAGGGGCUGUAUCAUUAUGAGUCUACACCCAACCAGCCGCCCAGAGGCCUUGCUCCUUCAGGAAGGUCUCCCUACAGUGAAGUGUCAUCCCUGCACGCUCCGCUCCACAACGGCCAUCCUCAGGACUGCAGGAACAUGUAUAACCCAAUGACCCCUAACCCCAGAAUCAAUCCUAACUCCGGUGUCAACCCCAUGGACCAGUACAUGCGACCCCCUCUGGUUCCCCCACUGCACAGCAUGAUGGGACACCGCAGCAUGAAUCAGUCCUCCGACGGUGGUAAUAGCACCCCCUACUGUCACAACAACCUCAUGUCAUCCCACCACGGCUUCCCCCACGGACAGGGAUUAGACCAUGUGGGAAACGGCUCGCGGUUCUCAACGCCUCGCUCCAUGCUGAAGCUGAGUAAGAAGCGUGCUCUGUCCAUCUCUCCGCUGUCGGACGCCAGCGUGGACCUACAGACGGUCAUCAGGACCUCUCCUAACUCCUUGGUGGCCUUCGUCAACUCACGUUGUGGACCCAACGGAGCCAGCUCCUACGGACAUCUGUCUGUGGGCGCCAUGAGUCCAUCAAUGGGUUACUCCAACUCAAUGAACUACCAGUCCAGACAACACGGCUCUAUGUACGGUGGACACACCCCCGGACCCUGCCACGCCCCUCCCCCCCGACUACCCCCCCACAACCCCCGCCUCCACGCACCAAAACAUGGACACCUAAAGACCGAGCCAGUGCUGGGUAGUGUGAUGGAUGGGAUCACCAUUAAGAGUCUGGAGGAGAGGUCUGAGGGUGACGUGGCCAGCCCAUCCUCUACUGGCACACAGGAUCCUCUGAUGGGUCUGCUGGAGGGGCGGGAGGAUCUGGAUAAGGAGGAUAAACCGGAACCAGAGGCCAUCUAUGAGACCAACUGCCACUGGGAGAGCUGCAGCAAGGAGUUUGACACGCAGGAGCAGCUAGUCCACCACAUAAACAACGAGCACAUCCACGGAGAGAAGAAGGAGUUUGUGUGCCACUGGCAGGAGUGUUCCAGGGAGCAGAGACCUUUCAAGGCCCAGUACAUGCUGGUGGUUCACAUGCGCAGGCACACAGGAGAGAAACCGCAUAAGUGUACUUUUGAGGGUUGCAACAAGGCCUACUCUCGCCUGGAGAACCUGAAGACCCACCUGCGGUCUCAUACAGGGGAGAAGCCGUAUGUCUGUGAACACGAGGGAUGCAACAAGGCCUUCUCCAACGCCUCGGACAGAGCCAAGCACCAGAACCGCACACACUCCAACGAGAAGCCGUAUGUGUGUAAGAUCCCUGGGUGUACGAAGCGCUACACAGACCCCAGCUCUCUGCGGAAGCACGUGAAGACAGUCCACGGCCCUGAGGCUCACAUCACUAAGAAGCACCGAGGGGACACUGGGCCACGGCCGCCUGGCUCAUCACUGACCCCCGGUGGACAGUCUGGUGAACUGCUGCUGGAGAAAGAGGAGACUAGACACAGGGAGGACUGCAAACUGCUGGCGCCUGAAUCUGCUCUGAAGUCUCAGCCCAGUCCGGGUGGCCAGUCGUCCUGCAGUAGCGAGCGUUCUCCGCUGGGGAGCGCGAACAACAACGACAGUGGUGUGGAGAUGAACCUGAACGCAGCAGGGAGCCUGGAGGACCUGACCGCUCUGGAGGACGGAGGGGCGGGAGGAGGAGGCGAAGCUGGGGGAAGAGGGCAGGGCAUGGCAGGGAUGGGGGGCACGUCGGCUCAGGCCCUAAAGAGACUAGAGAACCUGAAGAUAGACAAGCUGAAACAGAUCAGAAGGCCCACUCCACCUGGACGCUGUGGUCGGAGUAGCAAGCUACCAGCACUCACAGGUUGUCCAGGAGAGAUGAUGGGAGGGAUGUGUAGUCCCUCGCCCCUCCUCUCCAACCGCCGCGUCAUGGAACUGUCCAAUCACGAGCUGGGCGGCGUACCCUCUGGCAUGCCCCCCCCUAUCAGUGACCGGAGGGGGAGUGGCACCAGCAGCCUGAGCUCUGCCUACACAGUGAGCCGUCGUUCUUCCAUGGUGUCCCCCUACCUCUCUAGCCGGCGCUCAAGCGAGGUCUCCCAGCUAGGAGGAGGUGGAGGAGGGUUCCUGGGUCCUGACCAGGGAGGAGGUGGCCCCCUCUCCCCUGAGACCAGCCGCCGAAGAGGGCCCUGCCAUGGUGUUGGAGGGGGAGGAGGGUUGCCAGGUCUGCCUUGUCUAACACCCGCUCAGCAAUACAGCCUGAAGGCUAAGUAUGCAGCAGCAACUGGCGGCCCACCCCCUACCCCGCUGUCCAGUAUGGAACAGGGAGCAGGGACACCCGGGAGACGAGGAGUACUCCUCAGCGAGUACCAGGGUCAGCCGCUACCUGCGUUCCUGCAGCAGGGGGGUCAGAGGAGACACAGUGCCAACACGGGGGAGUAUGGCACUGGGGUCAUCUACCCCCACCAAGCCCCAGGGAAUGCCACCCGGCGUGCCAGCGACCCCGUCCGCUCCACCGGCGACUCACAGGCCCUUCCCAAGGUGCAACGCUUCAACAGCCUGAACAAUGUGGCCAUGAUGGGCCGGAGGAACGCCCUGCAGCAUUGUGGGUCAGACGCCAACAUCGCCCGCCACAUGUACUCGCCGCGGCCACCCAGCAUUACAGAGAAUGUCAUGAUGGAGGCCAUGGCUACGGACUACCAUGGAGGAACCACGGAUGCCAGGAACCACUGCAUGAUGCUUUCCCCAGGAGAGAGAGGUUUCCAGGGCUACCAGUCCCACCACAUGGGGGGUCCCACCAGCCUGUUAUCACCCAGCCACGACAGCCUGGGAUGCCCAGAGCAGGGCUACCAGACACAGGGACAGAUGUUCAUGCAGGGUGGGCACUACCAGGGCACCUCCAGAGGACCAGGUCAGGGCCAGAUGGGGCAGGGGGUACCCGUUCACCCAGAGGGGAUGUCCAACAUCUUGCUGCAGCAGGCUGAGUACAGUAUGAGUACCUGCCAGCUUAGUCCCUCUGGACCACACUACCCCAGCCUGGACCAGGGUGGUCCCGAUGGAGGUACAGGGGCCUGGGUAGAGAGCAGCCAGGUCCAGACCACUCAUGGAGUUCUUCAGACAGAGAUGCAGUAUCAGGACCAGGGCCAGACACAGGGUCUGUACACCCAAGAGCCCGAUGGCGGACACAAACUGAUCAUCAAGCCAGAACAGCAGCAGUACCACCCAGCCCUAGCCAACCCAGAUGCCUGCCAGAAGCAACUCCACCAACACCAGCAGCAGAGGCCCCAUCCAGGGCAGACACCCAUGCCCAUGCGACCCAUGUCCUCCCAGAGCGGUUACCCCCAGCAAGGGCAGCCUGGCCAGGGCAUGAUGAGGACCACCAACCUCAGCUGUGACUUCCAUGGAGGAGGCAUGGAGAACCAGAACCAGGCCUCCAUGCAGCAAGGGAAGCAGCAGGGUUCCUUCCCCCAAAGCGGCGGCAUCAGCCUGGGGUCGGCUGCGCUGGGUGCUGGGGGUCGCUCCCAGACACCCAUGAUGCAGGUGAAGGAGAUGAUGGUGAGGAACUAUGUGCAGUCGCAGCAGGCUCUGAUGUGGGGUCAGGGGCAGGACCAGAGGGGGAUAGGAGUGGACGGGAAACCUCUUCCUCUGUCAGACAGCAUGGACAUGACAGGACAGCAGGUGGCCAUGAUGCAGCAACAGCAUAGUCCUCAACACCAACAUAAUCUCUACCCCAACCCAGGCUCCAGCUACCCAGGCUACCCUACCAACCAGAACCUGAUGAGCCCCCCAGCACACAACCGAGUCCCCAGCUCUAGCUCCUCCAUCCCCCCGACGGAGGUACCCAUGACGGGUCUGCCUGGAGGCCCAGGGUCCUGCUACGGCCAGGACAUGGGGGCUCCUGUAGUCCCAAGACCCCCCCAGUGCCGGAAGCCCAUCAGCAGGCAGAAUAGUCUCCAGUCCCAGGGAGGUGGAGCGUACCUGGGCAGUCCUCCCCACCUCAGCCCAGUUCACUCCACCUCCAGCCCCAGACGUGUGGUCCGUCUGCCCCCUGUCCAGGGCCACAUGACCCCCCAUCAGACCCACCAGGAGAUCUUCCCCCCCUUAAACAACAUCAACAAUAACAUGUACUACUCUGGCCAGAUCCACUCUGACCUGGACAAGCAGCAGAUCCAGCAAAUCAGCCACCCUCACCAGGACCCAACUCAGACCGGGCCCUGCCUCAACCAGCACCAGCACCAACAGCACAUGGUAACCCACAUGGAUCACCAGGGCAAUAAGUCUGCAUCCCUAGCCUACCUUCAUGAGUCGACCCCCAUCUCCAAUGCUCUGGAGAACCUAGAUCUGGACAACGCCCAGAUAGACUUUACCUCCAUCAUCGACGACCCAGACCCCUCGUCAUUCAGCCCCAUCAACCCUCCUCUCCAUGGGGGUCCGUCCCAGACCUCGUCCCGCCUCACCACCCCUCAGACAUCCAUCACCAUGCCCCCCUCUAACAUGGCUGUAGGAGACAUGACCUCCAUGUUGACAUCUCUGGCCGGAGAGAACAAGUACCUUAAUACACUGUCUUAGAACCCAAAGACUCUGUUCUAGAACAAGAACAAGAACAGAACCUGAACACCCUCAUAAAGUUAACUAGAUGGGCUAAGCUCCCUGGGUGGGGAGAGAAAGUACCUAGACAUACUCUCCUAGGCUCAACUCCACUGAACAAGUACCGAAACAUUUGUCAUUUACUAGACAAGUACCCGAAACACAUUGUUCUAGAACAGGUGCGUGUGGAUGGACACUGUCAUAGACUAGACUAGGGUGCUCAGCUCGGUGGCUCUGGUGUUAGGUCACCUAUAAAGAUAAAGGUACUGUAAAUAUUACCUUUCCGUCUUGACCUCCCACACACUCUUUCCCAGCUACUCCUAGAGACUUUCAACCCAAACCAAAGGUACCUAUCGAUCUUGAUCUUGCUCACGGUGUACUAUACUCUACUCACUUUUCUGGCUCACAGGGAAGGGGAAGGGUGACAGAAUUGUUUGCCUAAAAUGACUUGCAGAAUGUUCCCAUGGGACGUCAACACCAUGACGACGUCAUCUCCGUAAUGGCGUCAUCAGCAUAACGACAUCAUCACCGUAAUAACAUUGUCACCAUAAUGACACCAACACCAUAGUGAUGUCAUCUCCAUAAUGAUUUAAUCCCCAUAACGACAGUCAUUCCAGUCACAGAGGUUUUAUAGGGCAACAGUUGAACAGAGAGGAUAAUAUGUAAAUAAGUUAUACAUUUACAUAUACAGUACAAGUCAAAAGUUUGGACACACCUACUCAUUCAAGGGUUUUUCUUUAUUUUUACUGUUUUCUACAUUUGAAAACAUCAACUAUGAACAUCCAACUAUGAAGUAACACAUGGAAUCAUGUCGUAUUUUACAUUUUAGAUUCUUCAAAGUAGCCACCCUAUGCCUUGAUGACAGCUUUGCACACUCUUGGCAUUCUCUCCAGCAGCUUCAUGAGGAAUGCUUUUCCAACAGUCUUGAAGGAGUUCCCACAUAUGCUGAGCACUUGUUCGCUGCUUUUCCUUCACUCUGCGGUCCAACUCAUCCCAAACCAUCUCAAUUGGGUUGAGGUCGGGUGAUUGUAGAGGCCAGGUCAUCUGAUGCAGCACUCCAUUACUCUCCUUCUUGGUCAAAUAGCCCUUACACAGCCUGGAGGUAUUGUCCUGUUGAAAAACAAAUGAUAGUACCAAUAAGUGCAAACCAGACGGGAUGGCGUAUCGCUGCAGAAUGCUGUGGUAGCCAUGCUGGUUAAUUGUGCCUUGAAUUCUAAAUAAAUCACUGACAGUGUCAUCAGAAAAGCACCAUCACACUUCCUCCUCCAUGCUUCACGGUGGGAACCACACAUGCAGAGAACAUCCGUUUACCUACUCUGCGUCUCACAAAGACACGGCGGUUGGAACGAAAAUGUUCUAAUUUGGACUCAUCAGACCAAAGGACAGAUUUCCACCGGUCUAAUGUCCAUUGUUUGUGUUUCUUGGCCCAAGCAAGUCGCUUCUGCUUAUUGGUGUCCGUUAGUAGUGGUUUCUUUGCAGCAAUUCGACCCCGCAGUCUCCUCUGAACAGUUAAUGUUGAGAUGUGUCUGUUACUUGAACUCUGUAAAGUAUUUAUUUGGGCAGCAAUCUGAGGUGCAGUUAACUCUAAUGAACUUGUCCUCUGCAGCAGAGGUUACUCUGGGUCUUCCUUUCCUGUGGCGGUCCUCAUGAGAGCCAGUUUCAUCAUAGCGCUUGAUGGUUUUUUUGACUGAACUUUAACAAAGUUAUUGAAAUGUUUUGCAUUGAUUGACCUUCAUGUCUUAAAGCAAUGAUGGACUGUCGUUUCUCUUUGCUUAUUUGAGCUGUUCUUGCCAUAAUAUGGCAUAAUAUUUUACCAAAAAGGGCUAUCUUCUAUAUACCUCCCCUACCUUGUCACAAUACAAGUGAUUGGCUCAAACGCAUUAAGAAGAAAAUAAAUUCCAACAAAUCAUCUUUUAACAAGGCACACCUGUUAAUUGAAAUGCAUUACAGGUCACUACCUCAUGAAGCUGGUUGAGAGAAUGCCAAGAAUUUGCAAAGCUGUCAUCAAGGCAAAGGGUAGCUACUUAGAAGAAUCUCAAAAAUAAACUAGAUUUGGAUUUGUUUAACACUUUUUUGGUUACAACAUGAUUCCAUAUGUGUUAUUUCAUAGUUUUUAUGUCUUCACUAUUAUUCUACAAUGUAGAAAAUAGUAAAAUAUAAAGAAAAACCCUGGAAUGAGUAGGUAUGUCCAAACUUUUGACUGGUACUGUAUGCUGUGUACACUACAUAUACAAAAGUAUGUGGACAACCCUACAAAUGAGUGAAUUCGGCUAUUUCAGCCACACCCGUUGCUGACAGUUGUGUCAAAUCCAGCACACAGCCAUGCAAUCUUCAUAGACAAACAGUGGCAGUUGAAUGGCCUUACUUAAGAGCUCAGUGACUUUCAGCGUGGCACCGUCAUAAGAUGCCACCUUUCCAACAAGUCAGUUCGUCACAUUUCUGCCCUGCUAGAGCUGUCCCGUGUCAACUGUAAGUGCUGUUAUUGUGAAGUGGAAACAUCUAGGAGAAACAAUCGCUCAGCCGCGAAGUGGUAGGCCACACAAGCUCACAGAACUGGACUGCCUAGUGCUGAAGACUGUUGCGCUCUGGAAGCAACGUCAGCACAAGAACUGUUUGUAGGGAGCUUCAUGUCAUUCGUUUCCAUGGCCAAGCAGCCGCACACAAGCCUAAGAUCACCAUGCACAAUGCCAAGCAUCGGCUGGAGUGGUGUAAAUCUCGCCACCAUUGGACUCUGGAGCAGUGGAAACGCGUUCUCUGGAGUGAUGAAUCACACUUCACCAUCUGGCAGUCCCACGGACAAAUCUGGGUUUGGCGGAUGCCAGGAGAAUGCUACCUGCUCAAAUGCAUAGUGCCAACUGUAAAGUUUGGUGGAGGAGGAAUAAUGGUAUUGGGCUGUUUUUCGUUGUUCGGGCCAGGCCCCUUAGUUCCAGUGAAGGAAAAUCUUCACGCUACAGCAUACAAUGACGUUCUAGACGAUUCUGUGCUUCCAAGUUUAUGGCAACAGUUUGGGGAAGGCCCUUUACUGUUUCAGCAUGACAAUGCCCCAAUGCACAAAGCGUGGUCCAUACAGAAAUGGUUUGUCGAGAUCGGUGUGGAAGAACUUGACUGGCCUGCACAGAGCCCCGACCUCAACCCCAUCGAAUACCUUUGGCCUGCACAGAGCCCAACAUCAGUAACUGACUUCACUAAUGCUCUUGUGGCUGAAUAGAAGCAAGUCCCUGCAGCAAUGUUCCAACAUCUAGUGGAAAGCCUUCCCAGAAAAGUAGAGGCUGUUAUAGCAGCGAAGGGGGGAUGAGCUCCUUAUUAAUGUCCAUAAUUUUAGAGAUGAGAUGAGAUGUUUGACGAGCAGGUGUCCACUUACUUUUGGUCAUGUAGUUUAUAUGACAAUGUUGACAGUGACAGUGACGGAACUCUACUGUCUCGUGUACUGCUAAGGGAAUUCCAAGACCAACAGAUCAGAUUCUAGAUUCUCAUUCUGGUUCCGUAAUGAGAACUGAGGUCAACAAAUCUGUUCCGAGGUAGAAUGUUUUGUAGAAAGUGUGCCUGAAAAAAGAUUGACUGAAAAAUGCAUCAGUGCUUUGAAGCUUCAUCUAUAUCCCUAUGGACACAACCCUGUCAGUGACACACAAAACAUUAUGAUGACACACACACACGAUAGUGAUGACACACGCACACAUACAGUUGAAGUCAGAAGUUUACAUACACUUAGGUUGGAGUCAUUAAAACAUGUUUUUCAACUACUCCACAAAUUUCUUGUAAACAAAGUAUAGUUUUGGCAAGUCGGUUAGGACACCUACUUAGUGCAUGACACAAGUAAUUUUUCCAACAAUUGUUUACAGACAAAUUAUUUCACUUAUAAUUCACUGUAUCACAAUUCCAGUGGGUCGGAAGUUUACAUACACUAAGUUGACUGUGCCUUUAAACAGCUUGGAAAAUUCCAGAAAAUUAUGUCAUGGCUUCUGAUAGGCUAAUUGACAACAUUUGAGUCAAUUGGAGGUGUACCCGUGGAUGUAUUUCAAGGCCUACCUUCAAACUCUGUGCCUGUUUGCUUGACAUCGUGGGAAAAUCUAAAGAAAUCAGCCAAGACCUCAGAAAAAAAAUUGUAGACCUCCACAAGUCUGGUUCAUUCUUGGGAGCAAUUUCCACACGCCUGAAGGUACCACGUUCAUCUGUACAAACAAUAGUAUGCAAGUAUAAACACCAUGGGCCCACUUUGGUGCGAAAAGUGCACAUCAAUCCCAGAACAACAACAAAGGACCUUGUGAAGAUGCUGGAGGAAACAGGUACAAAAGUAUCUAAUCCACAGUAAAACAAGUCCUAUAUCGACAUAACCUGAAAGGCCGCUCAGCAAGGAAGAAGCCACGGCUCCAAAACCGCCAUAAAAAAGCCAGACUACGGUUUGCAACUGCACAUGGGGACAAAGAUCAUACUUUUUGGAGAAUUGUCCUCUGUUCUGAUGAAACAAAAAAAGAACUGUUUAGCCAUAAUGACCAUCGUUAUGUUUGGAGGAAAAAGGGGGAGGCUUGUAAGCCGAAGAACACCAUCCCAACCGUGAAGCACGGGGGUGGCAGCAUCAUGUUGUGGGUGUCCUUUGCUUCAGGAGGGACUCGUGGACUUCACAAAAUAGAUGGCAUCAUGAGGAUGGAAAAUUAUGUGGAUAUAUUGAAGCAACAUUUCAAGACAUCAGUCAGGAAGUUAAAGCUUGGUCGCAAAUGGGUCUUCCAAAUGGACAAUGACCCCAAGCAUACUUCCUAAUUUGUGGCAAAAUGGCUUAAGGACAACAGAGUCAAGGUAUUAGAGUGACCAUCACAAAGCCCUGACCUCAAUCCUAUAGAAAAUGUGUGGGCAGAACUGAAAAAGCGUGUGCGAGCAAGGAGGCCUACAAACCUGACUCAGUUACACCAGCUCUGUCAGGAGGAAUCGGCCAAAAUUUACCCACUUGUUGUGGGAAGCUUGCGGAAGGCCACUCAAAAUGUUUGACCCAAGUUAAACAAUUUAAAAGCAAUGCUACCAAAUACUAAUUUAGUGUAUGUAAUCUUUUGACCCACUGGGAAUGUGAUGAAAGAAAUAAAAGCUGAAAUAAAUCAUUCUCUCUACUAUUAUUCUGACAUUUCACAUUCGUAAAAUAAAGUGGUGAUCCUAUCUGACCUAAGACAGGGGAUUUUUAUUAGGAUUAAAUGUCAGGAAUUGUGGAAAAACUGAGUUGAAAUGUAUUUGGCUAAGGUGUUUGUAAACUUCCGACUUCAACUGUACAUAAUGAUGACAGACAUAGCGUAAUGAUGACAUAUCAUAUCAGUAUUCACUCAGAGGCCUUUUUUGGCAUUAAUCUGCCUCCAUACUCUGAAUCUGUUGUACGGUAAAGUACAUGUUUUUAGACAUGUUACAUGUGUAUUGUAGCUAAGUGUUCUUAAAGCAACUCACUAUUUUACAAGUGUAGGGGUUAUAGGAUAAGAAUAUCAAAAAGUGCCUUUGUAUAAACUUAUCCAUGACGCUUGAGAGGCACAGAGACUAAAAGAGAUAGAGGGAGACAGAGAAAGGUGGAACUUCAGAAUUAAAUCAAAUAUUGUAUCUGGUACAGUAUCAUACGACCCAACUUUUGACAAGGUCACAUUUGACAAGGUCUUAAAGAUACCUUCCCUCACCCUGAAAACCUUAAACAGGAUUUUUAAUUGAUUGGGGGUACGGCCUUGAGGUACUCUCUCUGAGGUACUUUAUAGUGUACAGUAUAUGGCGGUGAGGCCCUCUGACCAUAGAAAUAGAAUCAGUCCACCUAUUAUGCCACCAUUGACUUGAAUGGGGAGGUCCUUUCUAUAGAUUCUAGAGUCUAUACCUCUGACUGCCUGUCCGCAGCCAUGACCAGUAGAGCUGAUAUCACAUGACAUCAUACUGUAGCAUUGCACUGACUGCAGCAUCGCGUGGACGUGGACGAGACUCUCUCCUUGACUUUGUGACAUAGAGACUGUCUAGAGGCCGACACAUUGGCCGACAUGGCUUCGAUUUCAUGUAGCAUCAGCUUGGAGGAUGAUGGAAUCUAUCUUACAGUGGUAUCUAUCUGUUUGGAUGGUUAUUUUAGAUCACGUUUACACACGACUACAGGAGAUCCUAUGAGGCUGUAUUUCAAAUCAAAAAUGUAUUGCUCACGUAACACGUAUUUAGCAGAUGCUAUUGCAGGUGUAGCGAGAUGCUUGUGUUCCUAGCUCGAACAGUGCAGUAAUGUCUGACAAUUCAUUUCAGUAUUGGUGCCUUUUCAAUCGUGCUUUCUUAUUUCUAGUACUUUACUGUUGUUCUUACUGCAGGAUUAGAGUUAGUAGUCAGGAAAGAGUGAUCUAGUCAGGAGAACUGUGUACAACCUAUCAACCAACCAAAGACGAUUUGAACUAACAAUAUUCAAGGAAAAGAUGCACAAUACUCAUCGUCACAGCUAUGGAGAUGUGAAUGGUUCGAUAGUGCUGUUACUUAGAAUGUAUGAAAUGUUUUGUAUCAAAGUAACAUGUUCUCUUUUUCUUUCUAUAAGAAUGAACUUUAUCGUGGAAAUUUGCCUUUCUUCUCUGUGUUGUGUGUUUUGUGUUUUGAUACCUGCCUGUCACCAUUCAAUCAGACUUUUUGCUGGCAAAAUAAUAUUCUGUUAAGCAGCAACGGUUAUGAUAGUAGCGUUUUCUAUUUACACGUGAUAUAUUUUGUGUACAAUUUUCUAAAUUUUAUACAAAUGUACUAUAUUUUACCAAUUAAAAAUAAACAUGUUCAGCUUGGGAUGGAAGAAAAAUGUCUGUCAGAGCUUUAUGUAUCUUACUGUAUAUUUCACUUACUGGAUCUUACUGUAUUUGUAUGAGGUUCGUAUUGGCCUCUAUUGACUUGUAUCCACACCGCCUCUAUUGAGAAUGUCUGAGUAAAUGUAUUGUCUCCAUACAGCCACCAGAGGUCAGCGGAGUAUGAUACAAAUGGGAGCGACAGUAACUGUAUAUUUGGACGGGCAGCCAACCAGAUGUGGAAAUAUAGGGGAACCCCAUUAUUUAGGUCUAUGGGGGAACCUGAGGGAACCAGGUUCUGGCAGGGAAAUAAUUUUGCCAUGUUAAAAUGUGCAUUUUAAGGUGAAUUGGACAAUUUUUCAUUGUUGGGUUCCUGGAGUGACUUUUUUCCAUUUCCACUCCUGCAGCCAACACAAACCUACAGUGCCUUCAGAAAGUAGUCAUACCCCUUGACUUAUUCCACAUUUUGUUCUGUUACAGCCUGAAUUCAAAAUUUAUUAAAUUACGUUUUUGAGACAUUUUUGCAAAUGUGUUGAAAAUGAACUACAGAAAUAUCUCAAUUGCAUAAGUAUUCACACCCCUAGGUCAAUACUUUGUAUAAGUGCCUUUGGCAGUGAUUACAGCUGUGCGUCUUUCUGGAUAAGUCUCUAAGAGCUUUCCACACCUUGAUUGUACAACAUUUGCCCAUUAUUCUUCUCAAAAUUCUUCAAGUUCUGUCAAAUUGGUUGUUGAUCAAUGCUAGACAACCAUUUUCAGAUCUUACCAUAGAUUUCCAAGUAAAUGUAAGUCAAAACUGUAACUCAACCACUCAGUAACAUUCGCAGGCUUCUUGGUAAGCAACUCCAGUGUAGAUUUGGCCUUGUGUUUUAGGUUAUUGUCCUGCUGAAAGGUGAAUUCCUCUCCCAGUGUCGGGUGGAAGGAAGACUGAACCAGGUUUUCCUCUAGGAUUUUGUCUGUGCUUAGCUCCAUUCUUUCUUUCUUAUCCUGAAAAUCUCCCCAGCCCCUAACGAUUACAAGCAUACCCAUAACAUGAUGCACUCAGUAUUGUGUUGCAUUGGAUUUUCCACAAACAUAACAUUUGUAUUCAGGACAAAAAGUGAAUUGCUUUACCAAAUUUGUUGCAGUAUUACUUUAGUGCCUUGUUGGAAACAGGAUGCAUGUUUUGGAAUAUUUUUAUUCUGUACAGGCUUCCUUCUUUUCACUCUGCCAAUUAGGUUAGUAUUGUGGAGUGACUACAAUCUUUGUGGUUGAAUCUGUGUUUGAAAUUCCCAGCUCGAAUGAGGGACCUUACAGACAAUUGUAUGUGUGGGGUACAGAGAUGAGGUAGUCAUUCAACAAUUAUGUUAAACCCUAUUCUUGCACACAGCGUGAGUCCAUGCAACUUAUUAUGUGACUUGCUAAGCUAAUGUUUACAACCUGAACUUAUUUAGGCUUACCAUA